AUGGUGGCAUUCACAAUACUUGCAGGUGGCUACGGCGCCUUCGUUGCGACGUACCUGUUUAAUUCCUCAGACUCGACCUUGUCGCUCCUUGGUAAAUCUCCGACUGGGCCCAACCCUUCUUGGAUAACCACCCAUCUCAUGAACAAGUCCAUCCUGUAUGCUGUAAAUGAAGCGUCUCAAGGCGCGCUUCAGACAUUUGAGGUCUGCCCUGGCGGCGCGUUAUCCCACCCCAUUGAUACAACCUCGUCGGGGGGCGACAGUCCGGCGUUUGUAGCCGCGCUCUCGACGGGGCAGGUCGCUGUCAUGAAUUACGGAUCGGGGAAUGGGCGAGUUAUACAAACGAUGGAGUCGGGACUUCAUUUUGACCAAGACGAGGUCACUCCGAUUGUUACGUUCCCCCGGUUACUUAGUGGUGCUUCGCACCCUCAUAUGGCGCUUGAACAUGGGGACGAGAUAUUAGUCCCUGAUCUAGGAGGUGAUACUAUCUGGCGACUCUCAAAAAGUGGAUCGAUUCAAGGAUUCAUUCCCCAGCCUAAAGGUAGUGGUCCGCGGCACAUGGCUAUCUAUGGUCAACAUCUUUUCACCUUACAUGAGCUUUCUUCAACCCUGACGGUCCAAUUGAUCCCUCCAGCGCCAAACGGCACUUCCCCGAUCAUAUCCAGCGUGUCCAUCAUCCCUUCAAAUCAACCCACAAAUGCAUCUUACGCCGCUGCCGAAAUCCUCAUUCCAACCCCCACAAAGGAUUUUCCAGUGCCCUACAUCUACGUCUCCAACCGCAACGUGGGUCUUCAGGAUGCUCGCGGUGACUCGAUUGCGAUAUUUGAGCAUGUGAAUGUGGGUACCCCAGAGGAAAGGUUGGUGCUUGUUAAACAGGUGUUCACGGGUUUGGACCAGAUUAGGGGGAUGCAGUUUGGGGAGGAGGUGGGAGGCGAGGCGUUUUUGGUGGCCGGAGGGGUGGCGGGUAAUGCGGGGAUCGUGGUGUUAAAGAGGGUGGGUCAGGGGAGAGAUCUGGAGGUUGUUGCGAGGAAUCUGGAGGUGCCCACCAGGACUACUUUUGUGUGGCUCUGA